AUGAAGAUCACAAAGGAGAAAAGAAACAUCAGGUUCGAAUACGAACUGGAAAAAAUGAAAAAAAAAAAAAAAGACAAUGUAUUGAUACUAAACAUUAUUAAUAGCAAAAUAAAUUAUAUCUGCUAUAUUUUAAAGAGUGACUACAGGGACAUAAUAAAUGACGUGAGCUACGAAAAUAAGUGCUCUCUUGAGAUCUGCUUCUAUUAUUGCAAGGCGUACAUCACCUUCCUACUGCUCUAUUAUCCAUACAUACACAAUUAUCUGAAAUGUCUCCGAAGUAACAAGCUCAGAAUAUACCGCAAUUUUUACAAAUACAUUUUAAAUUUGCCGAACAAUUUUUGUUCCCUCCUGUUUAAGCUGAAAAUUGUUGACGAGGUGAAGAGAAGGGACGCACAAAACUCCAGCAAUGAUUAUUACCAUGUCGGGAAUAUGUGCGACGGUGGGGAUGUUCCCCCUGCAAUGGGAUCCUUGCAUGACUUCCAUGCAUCCCAUGCCUCCCCUGCGCUGCUUCAGCUGAGCGGGGCCAACUUCUUCGAUGCAUUCUCGAAAGACAGCUAUAUAAAAAUUUUAUUCUCUCGUAUUUACGUGAAGAAAUACCACAAGCGGAUUUUUAAGAUCCUAAAAAUUGUCCUUUUUUAUCACUCCUUGCCAGUGUUUUCCUUUUCACCCAAGUUUUUCCGAACGUACCAUAAGGGGAGGCGGAGGGGGGGAAAGAAGCAGGUUAGCCAAAAUAAUGUGCCACAGGGGGGAGAGUUCUUCACGAAGGAUGAUACCAAUGAGAGGGGAAAAGAUAUAUUCAAGGUUUCCCCCCCUGAGGAGGAGGAGAAGAAGAAAGAGAAGAAAAGGAAGAGGAAGGAAAAGAAUGAGAAGAGGAAGGAGAAGAAUGAGAAUCUGAAUCAGAAGAAGGACCUCCAUAACAGAGUGCCAUUCAGAAGGAGGUACUUUAAGACGCCCCUUUUUAAACACGUGGAGGUACCCACCAUCUACUUGGACGACUACGACAGGAGUAGCAGCAGAUUGUUGGUUAAAAAAAGUCUGGUAAAAAUCAGGAAGAGGAGAAAAAAAGGAGGAGACAAAGUAGAAGAUACAUUUCUUUCAGACAACAGUGCAAGUGCAACGAGUGCAAGUGUAAGCAGUGAAAGGAGUCCAAGCUGUUUAAGCGACUCGGAAGAGGAAAGAGAAGUGGAGGCCUUCUUGAGACAAGAAGUGAAUGUCCCCAAUGAGGAAAGCGGUGGGAUACCUACAACGCAUAGUAACGUUGGUGCGUCUGCGUUGGAGGAGGGGGACUACCCCAAGAGGAUCUGUACACAUGAGGAGAGCAUCCAUCUUAUGGAAUCUACUCAAAAUGAGCACCCAUCAGGUGCAACGCUGGAAGAAAGGAACAACAGCUUCCAGGCGAGUACCCCGAGAAAGGGUUAUUCGCCCCAGGGACUAUGCAUGGAAGAGAACUUCCUCGAAUUUGUGCGACACGAAAAGGGAAAAAAUAAAUCGCAGAAGCAGAUCGAAUAUACGUAUGGAAAUUACGUACUGAAGGAUAUACGGAAGUACCUAAGACAGGAGAGGAAAACAGGACCAAAGAGGGAGAAGAAGAAAAUCUAUUUGCAUGAAAUGUGGAAGCAUAUAAUCGACUUUGACCAAACGGAUGAUAAUAAAAACACGCUCAUACAUAAAGCUUGCUUAGUUUCCAAUGCGAACAUAAUUUUUUUACUUCUACGUUUGAACGUGAAUCUGAUGGUUUAUAAUGACAAGUGUGAGUUGCCUAUUCACUGCACUCUGUACAAUUGCGACACGUACCUUUUUCUCCUGUUGCUGCAUAAUACGGUCGAGUAUCUUUUUUUCUUUUACCUAAGCGCCUACGGUGGAGGCGGUCGAAGGGGGGAAGGGUCCCCAAAAGUGAGGGCCACCAAGAAGACAAAUCCCACGGAGUGCCCCUCAAACACUGGCGACGCCAAACCGGACGAUCCAAGGUUGAAGCGCGAGUUGGAGGAAAAGCAGGCACAAGGGAAGAAGACUCUACUGAACGAGGCGCACAGGGAAGAGGAGCACGCUCAAGGGACGAACGGCGAAGGGAUGCUCACCGAAGAGACAGGAGAGGAAUGCCCCACCAGGAAGGCAAAUAAACGUCACUCCAAAUACAUAAAGGACGACUUCUUUUAUCACAAAAAAAUUAACAGCGUUUUUCUCACGGCUGUUGUAAAGCUGUACUUAAGCAUAUUGGUGAAAAUUAUCGAGCUUGGAAAUUUUGAAUUUUUAAAAAUCCUAUACAAUUACAAUAAAGAGAUUUUUUGUUACAUUUUACAUAGGAGGGACAUGUGCUACUUCCUGUGCUCGUUCGCUUCCAUGUACAACUGUAUGAAUGUGUUUUUGAGGCACUGCAAUGGGAUGUUGCGGUGUCAGCGGUGUGUGGGGGGGAGUAGAAAAAGGAAGAACGAUGAGGGGACGCGGGGGGCAGAGCAUGCCUUCGUGGUGCGCAAAAACAGGCUUAGGGAGGGCGCUACGCAAGUGGAAGAGGAGAAGAACAAUACACACAAUGUGGAAGACGAAGAGGAGAAGCACAGGACACACAAUAUGGAAGAAGAAGAGACGAAGUACACCACACACAACGUGGAAGAGGCGCCCCAUGUGGACAGUGCGCGGAUAGCCCCCCAAGGCAAAAGACCAGCCAGGUGUUACCCUGUGAAGAAAAGAAUCGACCGACAAAACGGAGUGGAAAUAUUUUACUCAAACGAGUGCUCCAAGCACAUCUUCGUGCCAGAGCCCAGCGACCAUCCCUACGUGAGGAAUAAAAUUAAAACGAACAUCCCGGAAAACUCCAGCAGGUUAGACGUCCUAAUAUCGAAUAAACAUGGCAUAUUGAGGCUAAACACGUUCGUCAACUUUAAGUUGAAAAAGGUGGAAAGGAAAGCAACGGCAAAUGACAUUUUAAGGGUCCACGACAUUUCGUACGUCAAAAUGUUACUCAGAAGGAUAAAGAGGUUCACUUCGAAUAAAUACGAUGAUGUCAAUCCGUACGAUGAUUUUUUGGAAAACACGAAGAAGAAUAGGAAAAAUUACCUCUCCUUAUCAUCGGAUGAUUUGAAUGUAUCUUCUUCCUUUGCUGUGUCGGACCAUAUGGAUGUUUUGAAUAGUAGCGAAAUUAUCAGUGCCGUUUGCGAAGAAGGGGCAAGCGAAGGUAUGGAAGGCUCCAAUGAGGUUGGCAGUGAGUGCUUCAAUUCGGGUGUUCCCUGUGGGAAUAAAGAAGCGAGGGGAGAGGUACUCUCCAUAGUGAGGGACAACACCAAAGGGGGCGAGAGAGAAUUAGAAAUGCCAAGUCAAAGUCUCAGCACCGAUACGAAGGAAAACGCAGGAGGAGGUAUCCAAAGCAGAAAGUGGAAUAGCGCAAAUAAUGGAAAGGAAAAAGUAGACAAAUUAAUUUUGUUAGACAAUGAUACCUUUGUCAAUAAACAUUCGUUUAACUGCGCAUUGAAUGCCAGUGGAGUGGUUUUAGAAGCGCUGGAUUUUAUACAUAGGAAGAAGAAAAGAAAGAAAAAAAUUUUCUGUGUUGUUAGACCCCCUGGUCAUCAUCUGGGAACUUACGGUGCUGCGCAAUUUAACCAAAGCGAUGAAGAUAGAGCAGCAGGGAGUCAAGGAUUCUGUCUUCUGAAUAAUGUAGCCAUCGGAAUGUCCUACGCAAAGUAUAAAUACGAAAGGUUCGAGCGGAUCGCCGUGAUCGAUUUUGACAUCCACCACGGAAAUGGAACGGAACAAAUUAUCCGAAAUUUGGGAUUAAAAAAAAUCAGAAUUAAUGACUACGUUGAUAUAUAUAGUUGGAAGGGAUGGAAGGAUAAGAAUGACAGGAAUAGCGUAUUCUUCAGUUCGAUUCACGCAUUUGAUGGCUACUUCUACCCGGGAACAGGAAACGACACGGUGGAGUUGGAACCAUACAUCAUUAAUGUAACUUUGAAGAAAAAUAUGAAUGAACAAGAUUUUCUCCAAUUAUUUCACGACAACAUAUUAAUUCAUCUGUUUCAUUUCCGACCAAAUUUGCUCUUCCUAUCUGCUGGGUUUGAUGGACAUAGACUCGAUUUUGUUAAUAACGGCUUUGUGAAGAAAAACACGUCUACCUACUUUCAUAUGACGAACUUAAUUUUGUCUCUCCAGAACAAACUGCGCUUUCCCAUCAUUAGUGUCCUCGAGGGAGGCUACAACACGUCCAAUGACAUGGCAUCCGUUUUCAGCUUGUCCGUUUUGGAGCACCUUCUUUCUUUCUACUACAGCGAUGCGGUGUUUGUGGCGGGGCGGAGGCGAGGUCACUUCGCUAGGCGCGCCACGAUGGUGAAUAAGGCGAACAGGAAGGUUACCACCGCCAACAGGAAGGUUGUCACCGCCGACAAGAAGUCUCCAACCGCCACCAGCACCACCAUCCACUGCGCCAAAGGAGGCACUCUGAAAUUCCCACACAUCUCUGUGGGGAAGAUUAAAAUGGAUGCCAUGUUUAAAAAAUAUUUCGCUAUUUUUAAAGAAAAGACGAAAGAAACUGAAAAUUUGAAGUUAACUAAAUGUGUGAGAGAUUAUGAAGCUUAUUUGAAGCAUUUUGUUGAGAAGCAAAACGAAGUGAAAAUGAAGGUGAACACGUUUCUCUCUAAACAUAUGAGACACUUUGAUAGUUUGCUUUACCAACGGAGGGCUCUACAUUUUUGCAACCUAGGGCAGAUUUCCCUCCCAUUUGAGGCCUAUUUCUACGAAGUUAUGCGUCAUUUUAGGAUUUUUCUCGAAGGAAGUGAAGUCGCCAAAAUGGACGCGAGGGAGCUGUCUACCAACUCGAGGGAGUUCUUCUCCGUGCUGAACAGCCCGUCCGACUUGCGCGAUUUGGACCCGGUCUAUUUUCAGCGGUAA